CUGGUGGUGUGACCUCGACGCGAGCCCGUACAACGAGCGCCGCGGUGCAGUCGAGGUUCAGACGCGGACGUAGACGCCCGUAAGGAGCCGCGUUCUAGUCCUGGUCGCCAAUUACGUGUUCCAGAAUAACGCAUACUGCCUUCCCCCUACGUGUCGAUUUUUGGUGUUGACGGAGUUUUCGUUCAGACGGACUUUUAGUUCAGUUUUGUUGUGGUGUUGCGUGAAACUGUAGAAAAAAUUGUAAAAAUUGACUUUUUGCUCUUAGAGACAGAAUAAUGGACAAUGGAGUCGACUUGGCUGGGGUAACAGCAUGACGGAUGAAAAAUUCCAGACACGUAUCCGAUUGUUGAAAUAGGAGAGAGCAGAAUCUGCGGGAUUACACAUUAAAGCAAUAUCACUCUGGUAGCGUUCGUCCAACGACUUAAUUCGUAUGAAUAAAGGAUGCGCAACAAGGAUAUCUCGUGGUAAUAGCUUGCUAAUUGAGCCCUCCCUUGGGAUCGAACCCUGGAUGUGCUAGAAGUUCGAAGAAGGCUGAGAAAGGGUUGAUUUAUCAAGGAACAUUAUGCCUGUGAUUUCAGCAAGGAUGUUCAUCUGAUAGUGGUCCUAAGCAGGAGCGAGGGAACAUGACAGGCUCCCCGACCGACUCGGCUUCUCUGAUGGCAACAAUUGUCCUCCUCAACAUAUUUUUCAUCCUAGCGGACGUCUCCUCUCCUCUUGCCACCACGUCCAAUUCAAAGUGCAAAAAAUCGGAAUUCACGUGUAACAAUGGAAAAUGCGUUCCUUCAAACUCGUUCUGCAACAACGUCAAUGAUUGCGGUGACUCGAGCGAUGAGCCGAGGUAUUGCACGAGAUGUAACAGAACAUAUUCUGGAGUUGUUGGUAUAACAUACGAGUUAGAACUGCAUCGACCAAAAUCAGACAAGAUUCCAUUCAUUUGCCAUUUGACAUUCACUGCUACAGGUGGAGAUUACGGUGAUCUAGUUCAGUUGACAUUCGACAGUUUCACCCUUGGACGUUUUGAAUCCUUCACAUCGGACGGUUGCCCAGAUGGUGCCUUGCAAAUAGCAGAAGUCGAUAGGCCACAAGUUGGGGGUUCUUGGUGUGGCACUACUUGGACACCUGCUAUUUAUUAUAGUGAAACUAAUAGCGUUGUCGCUUCCGUACAUCUUCUGAGAUUAGCCAAAGACCAGGCUGGGUACAAUUUCGACUUCAGAAUGGAGUACAAGUUCUUGAGGAAGAGCGUGGCGAUAGUGAGGUAUGGAGGAGGUCUUCCACAUCCGCCUUUUUCUUCCAACGUAACAAUACCCACUCUCAUGUUCGGUCCAGAGCCAGAGUACUACCUGGGCGACCUAAUUACUGGGACGUACUGCUCCAGAAUAUUCAGCGACUGUGAUAAAAAACACUGCCGUUUACAAUCCCCCAAUUUUCCGGGGGUCUAUCCCCGUAAUCUGACCUGCUAUUACGCAGUCAGGCAACACGAAGUUCCUGCGGGAAAGCACGCUCUUAUUACAGUUAGGCAGCCAAAGGGUCAACUAAUUUACAUCAGGAGUCAGGCGGCUUUGUUUGGGACAGCAAGCACUCGGGAAUUGAAGGUUUGGGAUGAUUGCAAUGACGUUCAAGACUACGUCACUGUCUACGAUGGAUACACGACAAGAGACCCUGUUAUUUUAAAGUUUUGCGGGGGUGGUGAAGCCGUGCCAGAAGCAAUAUCUAGCGGACACGAACUGCUGGUGGAGUUCUCCACCAGCCCGUAUGGAACUUUCUCGCAUCCAAUUCCAACACAAUCAUUGUACGGAUUUCAGCUGGAAGUUGAGGUGAAAUUCGUCGAUCAGAAAACCCCGAGCUUCGUGAAAACGAAACGUCAAUGCGAGUUCUGGAUCAGAGGGACGAAUAAGGGUGUCUUGGAGAGCCCCCUGCAUUCGCUGCCGGCCAACACCACCUGUCUCUACCACCUCCAGGGCAUCGACACUUCUGUGUCCGCUUCCCCUGUGCCAUUUCGUCCCCUAUCGAGCCGGUAUCCAGACUGGAGGCACGUAGGGAUGAUACUGCCCCCGCCCCGGUAUCGGGUUUGGCUUUCCAUCGUCAAAUUUCACGUGGCCGGGAUGAAGAAAUCGGAUAAGCCCGAUCAGGAGGUAUGCAGGAGCUAUUUGAACGUGUGGGACGGACAGCUCUGGGCACCGACCAACUGCGACGACUUGUAUUGUACAAGCCUCAAAGGAAAAUCCAAAGGUAUUAUCCGCACCAAUUCCCUUCCUUCAUCAUCAGGAGUAUCUGGAAAGAAGAAUGUCUCCCUGUUGGCACGCUACUGUAAGGAACACGUACCGAAAAGUUGCGAUCAUGUUCUUCUGGCGAAUGCAACUAGAUUUCCUAGACCGUGCAGCUUGGCUGAAAGUUUUCUGACAUCUGGUGACAGCUUAACACUGGAACUGAAGUUGGCUGACUCCACUGCCUUGAGGCCCGUUCACUUCCGCGCCCUCUACGAAUUCGUUGAUUUACACCUGGAUGGAGAACCUUGGGGAUCAGGACCUUGCUCACGAAGAUUCACGACGUCCUCGACCCAGGAUAACGUGCCCCAGAAGUUCCUUUCGCCGAAAGACAUAUUCCUUUAUGGACGUGGUGGGGCUAAGAGUUUAAGUUGCGUAUAUCGCUUCGAGGCACAAAAGGACGAGAAAGUCAAGCUCACGUUGAACAGCGUCAUCAUCAAGAACCGAAACUGCGAAACCAAAGUCAGCCGAGACACGGGACGACUGAUAUGCGACGGAAACACCACGGCAGCCAUCCGGAUCUUCGAGAUCCCCUGGUUAGAUGUACCCGGGGUCCCGAGGGACUGUUUGUGCUCCGUUGACAAGGACAAACUCAUGCCCUUCACUUACGUUUCGACGACGAACGUCAUCGAGCUGAGAUUUGACGUGACAGGGAUGAAUGCCACAGACGAUUUCACCACACUUUUCUUCGAGGGCACUUGGAAAUUCAUAAGGACUCCGACCUGCAGCAGGGAUUUCAGGAUGAGGGGACCCAAUGGAGUUGUGUCUUUCAGCUAUCCGAGCGAGACUCCGGACGAGCUAAAUUGCGAGAACAAUCCAAGAGCCAUCGUACCGUCUCCAGGAAAAUACCUUUACGUCAAAAUCAACGGAGUUAUCCUCCGACAUUCCAGUCGACUAGGAAACGGAACUUCCCGUGUGGUAACACCAAUAUCUUGUGGAACGCCGAAUCGAAUAAUAGUACAUACGGCCCUGUACUCAGCUCUGGUGUGCCCGUAUGAAUCCAAUCGACGUCACAGCCUCGUGGAAGUCUUCUCCGAGGGAUGGACCAUUGGAGGUUCUCCUCGUCAUUCCGUCGGACAAAUGACACUGGACAGAGUAGAGAUUGACAUGUUAGGAAAGGAGCUUUCAAGAUGUGUGAUUGUGGAGUUUUUAGGGAAGGAGGAAGCGUCCUAUUCUGUUUUGUGGUUAGAGUUAGGGAGAAGACGAGAAAUCCCACCCAACGGACAAGGCUUGUAUCUGAUCAAACCAGAUGAGUGUCAAUAUCGGUGCCCAGAGCUUGACGCAUGCAUCAACGCCACAGUAUGGUGUGACGGUCAAGAGGACUGUCCGUCAGGUGUGGACGAAGCUAUCACGCAUUGCUCCGUUAUCUUACAGCUUCCCGCAGUCUACCUCUUCUUCGGCACCUUGGCCAUCUUGGCCAUCGGCGUCGGCACCUUUUUACUGUUGUACAGAACGUGCAGAAGGAGACCGCGAUCCAUCUUACAGACCCGCCUCAAGAGUCUGUCAUCGUCGGACACUGCCAUAAUAGAUGACAAGGGAGUGAUUUGCUGACAAAGCGACAAUUCUGUUCGUUACGUGGAGGUGGACAGGGUCACCACGGUCUGACGAAGACCGUACACCUACACGAUACGGGCAGAAUUGUCGGAUGUGAUCAUUAUUAUUUCGAUAGAAAUUUUUUAAUCUUAAUCUAGUCAAGGACCAAUCGACUUACAUUGAAUCGUCGUUUUGAAAUGGAAAUUUAACUUGAUCAAAUCUCUUCUGUGAAGAUUUCAUCUGAUUCGAAUCGGAAUUAUUAGUGGCAUCCUCGGUAGAAAUUGAAUUUUGUUUGGAUAUUUUACAUGUCAAGGGUCAGAUAUUCUUUUGAUAAAAGAAUCUUUUUUGAUGAAGGACCUCUAGGGCAGGCAUAGUUUUAUCAGAGAGACGUGUUUUUCGAUACUGACUUACCUGAAACCUAAUUUUGAGAAGACAAUUAAUCACGCUUAUAGCAAUCAAAUGUCGAAAAAAAGCCAUGCAUGUUCACGUAUAAAAGGUAAUCGAUUAUUAUCUUUACUUCGAUUUACUCUCUGUUCUGCUGCUGUAAUAUACGGGGUUGAGAUAAAGUAUGAAAAGAGUGAAUAAAACAAAGAAGUCUGUAUUGAUGAAACUUUGUACACAAGCAUCGACACAUAACGCAUCUGAUGCCAUAUUUUUAAGCUAUGGUACGUUCUGUGGGGAACUGUGUUUUAUUUCUAGUUUUAUCCAAUUAUUUCUACUACACUUAGAAUGCCCCCUUAGUGUGCCCCAUUUGCAUUAAAAAUUGUUGAGAGUAUUUUCGAUGGAUGAGGUACAGUACAAACGGAAGAUAUGACAUCAGAUACGUUAUGUGUAACUGUAUUUGCCUGCAAAAGUUUCAUGAAUAUCGUCUUUUUCGUUUCGAAUUUAUUUAGUUGGUUCUGUAGGUAGUUUAUCACAAACCUGUAUUUCCCUAGAAUGAAUCAUCCACACUAGGACUACAUAAACUGCACCAGUCUACGUGGAAUCCCUCCCUACCUGCUGAAAAAUACUAGACAUCUAGACAAAAUUCGCAAUAACAUCAUAUUUAUAUGAUAAGUUAAACAAAUCUAUCAAUAACACCAAAUUUUUGGAUAGUGCUAGUCCCAGCACUCCCAGCCCCUAGAAAUAAAAUGUUGAGGUCACCUGAUACACAUCACACCGGGCGUAUGGCAAGGGCGAUGUUCAAGUAGAUUUUGAUGGGCAGAAAGAGUUGUCCUGCUUUUUUAAUCAACUGCCAAACUGAUCUAGCAGUUAGUAUCUUUGAACUUAUGGCCAGAAGCAAAGAUCUAAUCUUUGCCAAGAGUAGGGGCAGUAACCAGGGAUUAAUGUGAUCAGCUGGUCAAAAAUCAUAUAUGCACAAAAAAGCUUAUGCUGAAAUCCUGUGACGCGCAACGACUGUUAACCUGAUACCUAAGUAUCUAUACACCUUCUUUCUCUAAUAUAAUAGAGUCUUGUCUUGUCUUUGUCUCUGAAUUUUUGCCUUAUGAGUGGGUGGUUUAUACAACUCGUUAUAUUGAAAACUAGGCUCUUAUUAUUCUUUUCAUUUACAGUGCAAGCUUAUUUGGUUUCGAACGGCUUAUUCAAACUUGGAGUAAUGCCUUAGUUUCAAUUAUUCGAAAGCUAUGAAACCAGCUGAAGAUUAGUGCAGAAUUCUAACUGGGGGAUUCUUAUCCCAGUUUACCUUUCACUAGAAUUUUCAGUCGAAUAAACACUUCUUACUGCAAGAAUAUUUUGCUAAAGAACAAUAUAUACAAAUAUUCGAAAAAUCAAACCGGUAUUGGAUGAUAGGAGAGGUGGGGACAGUUUUCAGAAGAAAGAAUAAAAUUCCAUCAUUCAUCUUCAAAUUCAGAGACGGUCAAUAAAAUUCCAUAAAAUUAGUAUAGAUACCACUGUGUACCACAAAUCUGUUGAUCUGCUACCUU